AUAACUCAGAGCCAGAAACUCUGGUGAGCGACAGAGCCUAUUAAACCACAGCUUCGCGAUUAUCGCCUUCUGCUUGAACUAGGAGGCCUCUUGCUGUGACCGAAAGAUGGCGACCGCUAGAACUGUCAAGGACGUGUCUCCCCACGAAUUCGUCAAGGCAUAUGCUGCCCACCUCAAACGAUCUGGCAAGAUUGAGUUGCCACCCUGGACUGAUAUUGUGAAGACUGGUACGCUCAAGGAGCUUGCACCUUAUGACCCAGACUGGUACUAUGUUCGAGCUGCCUCCAUGGCUAGGAAGAUUUACUUGAGGGGAGGCCUUGGUGUGGGUGCCUUCCGUAGGAUUUAUGGUGGUAGCAAGAGAAAUGGAAGUCGACCACCCCAUUUCGGCAAGAGUAGUGGUGCUAUUGCUCGUCACAUCCUUCAGCAAUUGCAAAAUAUGAACAUUGUUGACCUUGACCCAAAGGGGGGGAGGAGAAUAACUUCAAGCGGUCAACGGGAUCUUGACCAAGUGGCUGGUCGAAUUGUGGUUGCCCCUUGAUCAAUCAAAUUUGGUGCUGUGCUCCAGAAUAGCAGCUUUUUUGGUAGUUUUAGCUUUCUGUUUUAGCCUACUGAGGAGUGUUAUCAUGUUACUGCAUAAUCAAGAUACAACGUGAUACAAAUUUUUUGGGUUUCAACUGUCUGUUUGUGAGUUAAACAUGGAUCCUCUUGUUUGCUUUUUAUUUAUGACAUUUUUCAUUUAAUUGUUUUGUUA